UAUUGUUAGCUUUUAAAGUUUUCAAUUUCAAAAAGUCGUCUACCAAAUUUAAUGCUAAAAUUGCUAAAUUGGUUUCGACGCCGUAACCGUAGGUAUAUUAAGUAUUGUGUGGCGUGCUCUGAAUCGCGGUAGAAAAUCUACUGCAAGAAAAUGAGAGAUAUCAGCAAGGAAGAACUCGAAAAAGAAAUCGCAAAGAUCCUUGAAAAUGCCAACCUGGCCUGCACAACAACGAAGAAGGUGCGUCAGAAGCUGGAAGAGAGCUUCGACUGUGACCUGAUGGAUAAAAGGAUUCUCAUUGACCAACUUGUCAUGAACUAUGUCAACAACAAGGAUAAUUAUAAAGCAAAGGAGGAGAUUUUGAUAACCCAUACUGCAACCACUGCAGAAAGCGUGGAGGCUCCUGUUCUUGAACAGGCCGCUUCACCGGCACCACCACCACAGCCAGCUCAGCCAGCAGCAUCCCAGCAAGCCAUAUUAAACCGUCAAACAAGGAAAAAAAAGACCCAUUGGGGUUGUGUGCGGCCUGCUAGAGAGCCUGCAGCUGUCAUAGCUGCAGUGGAAAUCAAGUGCAGACAAGAGCUGCACCAAAUCCAGAUGGAAAAUGAAGAGAGAAGAAAGGAGAAUGAAGAGAGAAUCAAAGAGAAUGAAGAGAGGAGAAAAAGAAAUCUUGAGUUGAAGGAACAAUUACUUUUAACCAAAAUUGACUAUUUCAAAAGAAAAAAUAAAUUAGAUUAG